AUGAGGGUAUCGGAACCGAUCCUGGACAUGGAUAUGGCAAAUUACAGUGAAGUUUUGGACCCAACGUAUACAACCUUGGAGUUUGAAACCAUGCAGAUUCUGUAUAAUUCAAAUGAGAGUUCUGCCCCAGAGACGACAAGUAUGAAUACCGCAGACAACGGGGUCAGCUGUCUGUGUGCCAUCUGCGGGGACAGGGCCACCGGGAAGCACUACGGAGCGUCCAGCUGUGACGGGUGCAAGGGCUUCUUCAGACGCAGCAUUCGCAAGAGCCACGUGUAUUCGUGCAGGUUCAGUCGGCAAUGUGUUGUUGACAAGGACAAAAGAAAUCAAUGCAGAUAUUGUCGGUUAAGAAAGUGUUUUAGAGCAGGAAUGAAAAAAGAAGCUGUGCAGAACGAACGCGAUCGAAUCAGCACCCGGAGAAGCACUUUCGAUGGCACCAACAUCCCCUCCAUUAACACGCUGGCCCAGGCGGAGAUGCGGUCUCGCCAGAUGUCAGCCUCAAGCCCUGGUGUGAGCACAGACAUAAACGUGAAGAAAAUUGCAAACAUUGGUGAUGUCUGUGAGUCUAUGAAGCAGCAGCUCUUGGUCUUGGUUGAAUGGGCAAAAUACAUCCCUGCCUUUUGCGAGUUACCGCUGGAUGAUCAGGUGGCCCUGCUGAGAGCUCAUGCUGGGGAGCAUUUACUGCUCGGAGCUACAAAGAGGUCCAUGAUAUAUAAAGAUAUUUUGCUUUUGGGAAACAACUACAUUAUUCAGCGCAACAGCUGUGAGGUCGAGAUCAGCCGUGUGGCCAACCGCGUCCUGGAUGAGCUGGUCCGGCCGUUUCAGGAAAUCCAGAUCGAUGACAACGAGUACGCUUGUCUGAAGGCCAUUGUGUUUUUUGAUCCAGAUGCCAAAGGGCUCAGCGACCCCAUGAAGAUCAAGAACAUGCGGUUCCAGGUGCAGCUGAGCCUGGAGGACUAUAUCAACGACCGGCAGUACGACUCCCGCGGGCGCUUCGGGGAGCUGCUCCUGCUGCUGCCCACGCUGCAGAGCAUCACCUGGCAGAUGAUCGAGCAGAUCCAGUUCGUGAAGCUCUUCGGGAUGGUGAAGAUCGACAACCUGCUCCAGGAGAUGCUGCUGGGCGGUGCUUCCAAUGACGUCAGCCAUCUCCAUCAUCCGGUGCAUCCACAUUUGUCUCAGGAUCCAUUAACUGGACAAACCAUACUGCUCGGCCCCAUGUCAACACUGGUGCAUACAGACCAGAUCUCAACUCCUGAAACCCCACUCCCCUCCCCACCACAAGGCUCUGGACAAGAACAAUACAAAAUAGCCGCAAACCAAGCUUCAGUCAUUUCACACCAGCCUCUCUCCAAACAAAAGCCAUUGUAA